CACGCGGUCACCUCGUUCACUUCGUCUUCAGCUGUGAAAACGAACAGACGCAACGGAGUCAUAACGUCUGCUCAUUUUUCUAAUUAACAUUGCUAAGAUUACACGUGUUAAACUUUUUCGAUUAUAAUCAAAAUUCAAGACAAACGUAUUUGGUUAAGAAGUAUUCGCGAACGCGACAUAGUGUUGGAACAGGGAGCGUUAGCAGCGCCCGACAAGCCCAGAUAUCGGCCGGUCUGCGUACGGCGCCCCCGCGCUCUAAACAUUAAACAUAAUUCGGCGACCGGCCGAAAGAGCCCCAUACUCAAUCACCGCCCCUAUUUCGGCGAUUAUUCGGCGAAUUAGUUAAGCUCCAGUUCACACCGGCUGAGGCGCAGUUGGCUCAACUUAAAGUUUACACCGGUUCUUUUCAUCGCUAUAUAUUUGUCUAAUGCUUAAAACGACCGAGUUGUGUCUUGCAUCCCUUAUCUUACUCGGCAGAGUAUAGCCGCGCUUGAUAGCGUGAAGCGUAGGUGUGACACAAAGGAGUGAAAGAGAAGUCUUUAUCUGGAAACGAAAUAGAGUUAACCGCAAUCGAAUAGUCUAGCUCGUUCGAUGUCUCGCGCGCAUGCGUUCUAGUUGAAAUUAUCCGUCGUCAAGCCGCGUAGGAUUAUCAGCUGUUUGAUGUUGUCUGGAGGCCAGCCAAUCUGAGUUUGGAUUCUUAGAUCUUAAUUAUUUGCUUUGCUUUCUUUAUUGUUUUUUUUUAAUGUAACCUUAAUAUACAAAUUUCCUCUACCAAAAGCUUUAAAGCACCACACCAACUGCACUUUCGAUGGGCCCAACGAACCUGCACCGAUGGAUAUAACAGUGAGUGACAAGUCUGAAUAUAACUCACACCCGACAUGACAUCAUAUAUGUGGCGCGAAGGCGCUCUGCCGCUGCUGUCACUAAUCCUCCUGCUGGUCGUGAUUUGUGCCCGGGCCACGCCAAUGCCAGCAACAGACGCAUUGGCCAGAGGGCAACAGGAGCUGACCACCAUUGAAACGACACUUAAGGAGGUGCAGCCGCAGCCGCAGUCGCAGUCGCCGUCGCAGUCGCAUCGCAUUGACUGCAAAUUGACUUUCGAUGCGACAAUGGACUCGUUAGGGCAACAGCAGAUGCAGGACAAUGGCUGCAACGUGCUGCACAGCAGCAGCACUAAUAAGCCAGCGGAUGCGGAUGAGGAUGCGGACCACGAGCUCGACCACGAGCAGGCAAAGGAACAGGCACAGGACGAGCCGGCGAGUGUCCGGCGAAAUUCAAUGUCUGGCAACAGCAGCGGCAGCAAUCAGCCCCUUUAUGAAUUACAAUUGGUUGUUUGGCCCUCAGAUAUUGAGGUUGGGCAUGACAUUGGCAGCACAACAACCAGUACAACAGCGGGAACGACAACCACAACGCCAACACCAUCACCAACAACAACAACAACAAAAACAACAAAAACAACAACAUCAACACCAGCAGCAUCGACACCUUCACAGUUGCCCUUAUAUGAGGAUCAAUUGGUCGUAUUUCCGCAAAUGGAUUUUGAAGAGGAAAAUUUUGAUUAUUUCUUUGAUGAGCUGGAACCAGCAGAGAACGCCUCAAGCACAACAUCCCAACCGCUGGCAUCGUCGACAACAACAACGAGCCAGCCAACUGCAGGACCCGACGAACCGCAGCCAGUUUAUGUGUUGGAAAACUAUCGCAUCAAGCACGCCAACGGCACCGAGGAGCACAAAUUGGUGCUCAGCAACGGCCUGGUCAACUACAUGAAGCUGUACAUGAAGCGUGUGGGCGACACACUGAUCAAUGUCCAGGAGGGCUACAAUUCGGUGCCCGUGGCGGGCCAGAAGCCAAAGAUCCAGACGCUUUACUACAUUGCCGAUGAGCGUGGCUAUAACGUCUACCGGAUCGAGUACGGCCCACCCCCAACGGUGCCGCCCACCCGCGUGCGUUAUAAGGCCACCAAAUCACCACAGUCAAAGCCAAACAUAUGAGUAUGGAGAAAUCAUAUUGUCGCACUGUGAGACGCAGCUGCUUAGCAUAUUUAAGACAUUUUUUUUCUACUAUUUUUUUUUCAACUUAAAAUAGUCAUAUUUAUUACAUAAAUUCUUGGAAAAUAUUUUAUUAUUUGGCUUUAAGCGGAGCAUAUUUCAAUUAUAUUUCAAUUGUUGCUCCAGAUUUCUGUGAACUUGACUGUCACUUGUUAAACUUGGUUUCUAUUGUCUCUUGCAUUUAACAGGCAGUUUAUCCUGUUGAUUUAUAUUUGCCAUUUACAACAAAAUGGGCAAAACCAAAACUGAGUUGAUUCCGUGACAUUCAUAAUGAACUUUCGUUGGUAAACAAUACUUGUAUUAAUUGAAGGCAUAUCGGAAAAUAAGUAAACGUGGAAAAUGUAUUAUAUUAAUAUAUGUUACAUUUUGAAAAAUAAAUAAAA